AUGUUGCUCCGGCGCGCUUCAGCAGCCUUACAGCGUGUCCCGCACCAGCGGCUUCUUUCAACCCAGGUGGUGGCGCCGGGAAAUGCGGGACCGCCCACGGCAUCUCCCGGGUUGUCAGAGCUUUCAGAACGCGCGGGGUUUGUGCCACGGCCUCCGGAGCCGGAGAAGGACCCAAGUCCCGGUUUCCGAGGCGGGAAAGCUCUCUUCAUCUUCUUCCUGUGCAACGCGAUACCCUUCUCAGCACUCAUGUACUACUUGAGGGAGCAGCGCGAGAAGCGCACGGAGCUGGCGAUGUUGACCUUGCCGCGGGCGCCCGAGGAGGUGGCCGCUGAGGUGCUCCGAGUGAUCCGCACCUCAGCAGUGUGCUUUCUGCUGCAAGACUCGCAGGUGGCCAGUCACGCGCUGCGAGUGGAUCCCCAUUUGCCCGAAGCGACUGCCUAUGUGCCACCAACAGGCCCCUUGCCGCUGGUGCCACAGAUGGAACGGAACUUCCUCACGGACUUGCUGGAAUCGCCGCAGGUGCUGGGCCUGGGCUUUUUGCACUUCGCCCUCCAGCGCACCUCGCCUGAAGCGCAAGCCAUCCUCCAGGGCCGCAGGACACGACGCGACGCGAACACGACCGAAGCGGCGCGGGACGAGGGAUGA